GCCUUUCAUAGCGCCGCCCUGGCGGGGAGGAGGGGGCGGAGCGUGCGCCGCUCCAUCGACUGGCGUUCAUUCGGGAGCUGGAAUUGUAUCGGCGCCUUUUUACGGACGGACUCCCCUGGGCAAAAAAAGACGACGGCGGGCAAAAGACGUGCGUGCACGCGUUGGCGUCAUCGCGCACGGGGGCGUACGUGACACGUCGGCGCAGACGGAGCCGGAUGUUUCAAGAUGGCGCUCCUCAGACUGGCGGGGGGCUCCGUCGCUGUCCGUGGGCGCUGCUGAGGGGGCCGCGCGGGGCUGACAGUGUGUGGGAAGGCAAGCACUGCCUGCAGCCACUGGUUUUUGACUUCUUGCCCGUUGAUCAUGCAGCGUCCACCACAAGCAGUGCCCACAGGGGCAGGUUGCCCACCACCUCUAGCAGCACCACAGAACAUAUAUUGGCGAAAUGGCCCCUUUGGCAGACGGGCAAAUGCACAAGCCUUGUUGGCAGCUGGUCCAGUUCAGCCUGUGACGGACCCAUUUGCUUUUGGCAGGCAAGCACCAAAAUGCUCUCUGGUGAGCAAUGUACCAAGAGGCAAUCCAUCAGCUCCUCAAGGUUUUUCUCCAGUGACAUUUCCUCCACCAGCUGCUGUUUGUCCUCCCUGCUUGCGUCCUGGAGACAGUUCUCAUGAACUGCAGCCUUCGUUACCAGCACCCAUCUCUCAGUCUGGAUCAAAUGGCACAUUUUCGGCUGUUGUGGCCCCUGUGUCCUCAGUACCUGCACAUAUUGCAAAUAAUAGCACUGAAAUGCAUCCAAAUCUAGAACAUAACGGACGCAAUCCUUUAGGGCAGUCUCAUCCAGUGGGAAUCACAUUGGAAAAUUCUGUUGGUGGGCACCAGGGUUUGCCCUCUGUGCCAGAUAGACCUCUAAGUGAGCAAGAGGUUAGCAGAAACCCACCCAACCCAUCCUUGCCAGCCUUCACUUUUGCUCAGCAAAUUGGGACUCAGUGGAAGCCUGCCCAAGAUAACUUGCAGCCCCAAGGCCAGACUUGUUCUCCCUACCCAGAGCCACCAUCCCAAAAUGCAUUCUAUCAUGUUACUCAGUCUGCCUCUAGGAUUUCCCAACCAAGUCCACAUACUGUUCCCCAACAGAGCUCUCCGCAGCAUUCUGUUGUCCAAAAUGCCAUGCAGGUACCACUGAUGUUUGAUGCAUCUGCCAUGAUAUGUACUCAAAGCAGUACGCAAAAUACCACUUGGCAGAGUACAGGAGUGGCCAAUCCUUGGCCGGGACAGUUUCCUCAAGAACACUUUUAUUUGCAACCACUUGAAUCAAGCUGUGAUGCCGGUCGUCCCACCAUUCAGGAAAACAACCCCUCAGUCCAAUUCCAAGAUGCUUAUGAAGCAGGAAGUGGGCAUUAUGCAGCUGAUGUGGAUUCAGGGAUGAUUUCCAUGUUUUUCAAAGGAGAUGAGGCUGAAAAUGAAGAGAUACUUUCAUCAGAAAAAAACAGUGAGGCUACCAACGUUGACUUUGAGACUUUUCAGCAGGCUGUAGGACAUACAUAUUACCAACCACUGCAUGCACAGCAGAUCUUGGCAGCUGCUUUUCCUCAGUCACACAACCUUAAUAUUUCAACUGAGACUGUUCAAAAGGGGAUGGAUGUCCAGCAUUCACCCAGAGUGACAUGUCAGCCACAUGACAUCCAGGGCAGUAAAAACAUGGCCUAUGUCAGUGAAGUCAAAGCUGGCCCUCCAAAAGUUCAGGGCCAUGUUGGUUCACAGUAUGAAAAUGUUGAAAAUCUGGAGUAUAUUCAGAAUCAAGAAGUUUUGCCAAGUGAGGCACAAACCCAGAACGGCUCAUCACCAGGUGCAGCUUCUGAUUCCUGCAGAUAUGCCUCACUGGCACCGCUGCAUCCAAACAACAGCAUUGCUAUCCAUGCAGAAGGAGGACCAAACCUAGAAGCACCCGACUCAGUGCCUCCCCCUGUCCGCCCUGAGAGCAGCUCUUCCAGCUACAGCAAUCGGAGUCACAGGAGUCUGCCUAGUUCCACACGGCCGCGAGAGCUGGGCACCUUCAUUCAGCAAGAAAGUGGGAAGCCUGCUGAGGAUUCUGCAGCAGGUUUCUUCAAGCAAGUUGAUUCCUCUCCUUUGGAGGGAGAUUCAAGUGAACAAAACCAGGGUACACGUUUCCAUAGCAGUCUUCCUCAGAUGCCAACACCGAGUCCCCCCAAACCAAUGGGAGUGUUUCAGACUAGUGCAAAUAGUUCGUUUGAACCAGUCAGGUCUCAUGGGUUUGGAGUAAAACCCCUAGAGGUAGACGAGGCCAAGAUGAUGGUUGAGUUGAGGGAGAAUUGCCCAAACCCAAAGAAUACCAAGAAGAGUGCAGCCAUACCUGUCAUCUCCCCGGGUAACCUUGAACAGCCACCUGACAACUUGGAAACCAUUUUCAUGUCCCCUGAGACCCAUCCUUUGCCUCUGACAAUUGCAGGUGAUGCUGGAAAUGGGCUGUGGCCCCUUGUUGGGUCUGAAAUGGAAAAUACACAGUCAGUUCCUGAGAAAAAACCACCAAGCAGAGCUCAGGGGAUCACGAAAAAAUGUGAAAGCCCAGCCACAACACUGUGGGCACCCAAUGAGUUGCCCAACUUUGGGGGGAAUGUGCUUCUUGCUCCAGCUGCCCCUGCAGUGUAUGUACCAGCCAAGCAGACAGUCCAGGUGGUUCAGCCACCUGAUGAAGGGUUGGCUGGUGAGCAGCCUAGUAAGCCAGGGCUGGUUCUCCCAACAUCACAGUCUGGAAAUACAUCUUCUGAAAACCUGGAAAAUCCUCCUAAAACCAGUGAUUUUGAGGCCCUCCCCUCCCAAGCAAGCUCAGGCUAUGCCAGCCUCCUUUCUUCCCCACCUACCGAGGCUCUGCAAAACCAGCCUGUUUUGAUUGCCCAGCCAAAUCAAAGUUGCAGCUUGACACAGCCGGUUAACUUCUGCCUUGUGAAUCAGUUGAGCAGGAAUGAAAAUAAUUACUUAGCAAAGGAUCCUAGAAUUAGUAGCAAGCCUUUGCUUGCUGUACACAGUAGCAGCAACCCUUCUGGAGAUAAUGCACCAGUAUUUAUCUCACAGACCAGUCCUGUUUCUGCUUCAAACAAUCCUAAUUUAUUAAAAGACCCUCCCAGUUCCUCUGAAAUGACUUCAAAUAAAUCUGCAAACUUUCUAGAGCAGUCUGCCUUUCAAGUUCCACUCAACUUGACUUCAGAAGGUCAGCAGGCAGCCAGUUUCGAAGGGGUGCCUCCUGAGUUCACGAAUAAGGCUGGCAUGAACCCUUCUUGUUCCAGUGGCAAUGCAAGUUUGGCAUCAGCUUCUGCAGCAGGCACCACAGUUCCUCCUAACAGCAAUCCUACAAGAUCUCAGAAUGGUUCCAAAGGUCAGGAGCCCACCAGAGCUCUUGAUUUUACAGUAGCAAAGACCCUGGAGCAGGGCAACUUGGCCAGCUGUACCCAAGUGCAAACUCAGCUGCUUUUUGGUGGCCCGGGGAAGCCUCAGCCAGCCUGUCUUGCUAGGCAAGUGGAGCCUCAGGUAGAUAGCCAGCUGCAUUUCUAUACACAGGUAAUGCAAGGUGUACAGUCUCCAGCACCCUUGCAGCAGCAAAUACAGACUGCUACAGCAUUGCAAGUGUUGCCCUCUAGGCAUUCUUCAGUUCCUCCAGAAAGUAGUCCUGCGCAGGCAGCUACCAACAGGUCUUGCCUGGCAGGUGCUGUAGAAGAAAGUUCAGCACAUCUCUCCACAAGCCAUGAUCAGGUUUUUGCUAAUAACAGGCAGGCUACAUUGGCCCAGCCUUUGAGUGCUGCAGCUACGACCAGCCUGCCCUCUGCCUUGACAUCGAUUGGCAGCAGUCAGCCAACUGGGGCCCGCUCUGAUCAAGACCAGCAGCACCCUCCACCUUCUCAGACUGUGCCUGGCCCACCAGCAAACCCUUACUAUUACUAUAGACAUUCUUACGAUUCCUAUCCAUCUCAGUAUCAACAACCUUAUCCUCCCACCAAUCCUAGGACAUCACAAAUGUACUACCAGGAGGAUGCCUAUGGUCAGUAUGAUCGGGCUUUCUGGCAGUACGACAGCACAGACUACAGAGAUCCCGGAAGCUAUCGAUACACGGAACCCGAACGGCCCAGUUCCAGAGCCAGCCACACCUCAGACAGGCCGUCUUCCAGACAGGGGUAUUCGGAUGACUAUUAUAACCCCAAAGGUGGAUGGAGCAAUUACUAUGCUGAAUAUUAUGCAAAUCCAUAUGAUUAUGAAGAUCCAGGCCGCUGGAGCCGUUACCGAUCAGCGUAUGACGCCAGACUCAGAGACUCUAGGAGCUACGACCAGAGACUCUGGUAUGACUCGGAGCAGAAUCCCUACCCAAAGAGAGAGGCAUAUCCAUAUGAAAACAGUCAUGAAGACCACUGGCGCUAUGACCCUCGUUUUGCUGGCAGUUUUGAGGAUGACCUGGAGCCCCGCAGGGACCCCUAUGGGGAUGAGUUAGACCGGCGCAGUAUCCACAGUGAGCACUCAGGACACAGCCUCCGCAGCUCUCACAGCCGCCAGAGCAGUUUCAGCUCUCGCUCCCAACAAAGCCAGCUGUAUCGAAGCAACCAUGACCUGACCGCCAGUGCCUAUGAAGCUGCUCACCAGCCAGCCUCGCUCCAUGCAGAGUAUUCCUAUGGGGGGUACAGCAGUUUUGAUAGCCAGGCACCUUUUGCAGAUUAUGGCUACCCAGCCAAAUCUGCUUGGCCAGCAGCUGAACAAGUCCCUUCAAGACCUCUGACACCUGAGAAGUUUUCUGUGCCUCAUGUAUGUGCACGUUUUGGCCCUGGAGGCUACCUAAUGAAGGUGUUACCAAACCUGCCCUCAGAGGGACAGCCUGCUUUGGUUGAGAUUAGCAGCUUAGAGGUGACCCUGCAGCAUUCUUCAGAACAAGAGGAGAUGAGAGCAUUUCCUGGCCCUCUAACCAAAGAUGACACUCACAAAGUAGACGUUAUUAAUUUUGCUCAAAACAAAGCUAUGCGGUGCUGUCAGAAUGAAGCGCUAAUCGACAGGGAGUCUGCACGGCUGCUCUGGGACUUCAUUGUUCUUCUGUGCAGGCAGAACGGGACAGUGGUAGGCACAGAUAUUGCAGAGUUACUACUGCAGGAUCAUAAAACUGUGUGGCUCCCUGGGAAAUCACCCAAUGAGGCGAAUUUGAUUGACUUCACAAAUGAAGCUGUGGAGCAGGUGGAAGAAGAGUCCGGGGAGGCUCAGCUGUCUUUCCUCACAGACAGUCUCAUUGCCACGAUCGACAGCCUUGAGAAGGAGACAGAGCGAUUCAGGGAGCUUCUGCUUUAUGGUCGUAAGAAGGAUGCUCUGGAAUCUGCCAUGAAGCAUGGGCUGUGGGGUCAUGCUUUGUUACUUGCCAGUAAAAUGGACAGCAGAACCCAUGCAAGAGUGAUGACCAGGUUUGCCAACAGUCUUCCUGCUAAUGAUCCCCUGCAGACAGUUUACCAGCUCAUGUCUGGGAGGAUGCCUGCUGCUUCCACAUGUUGUGGAGAUGAGAAGUGGGGGGACUGGAGACCCCACCUGGCGAUGGUCCUGUCCAACUUGACUUACAAUAUGGAUGUGGAAUUGAGGACAAUCACCACCAUGGGCGACACACUUGCUUCAAAAGGCCUCUUGGAUGCUGCUCACUUUUGCUACCUGAUGGCUCAGGUUGGAUUUGGAAUAUAUAUGAAGAAAACAGCAAAGUUGGUGCUGAUCGGGUCAAAUCACAGUUUACCUCUUUUAAAGUUUGCCACCAAUGAAGCUAUUCAAAGGACUGAAGCCUAUGAAUACGCCCAAUCCCUGGGAACUUCAGCGUGCUGUUUGCCCAAUUUCCAGGUUUUUAAGUUCAUCUAUGCUUGCCGAUUGGCCGAGAUGGGCCUUGCUGCACAAGCGUUCCAUUAUUGUGAAGUGAUUUCCAAAGCUGUCCUUCAAAGCCCUUGCAGCUAUUCCCCUGUCCUUAUCAGUCAGCUGAUCCAGAUAUCUUCACAGUUACGACUCUUUGACCCACAGUUGAAGGAGAAACCAGAACAGGAAUUAUUUGUUGAGCCAGGUUGGUUAGUGCAACUUCGAAACUUAGAUGGACAAAUAAGGGAGGGUACUGUAGCUUACAACACAGACCGAUCCACACCCCAGCAAUAUGUCUGCAAUACACCAAGCUCUGAGCUAGACCGUGUUGGCCAACAUGAGGAAAUGGGAGCUGGCCAGGAAAUGACCAUUGGUUCUGGCAACACAUUAUUGGCCUCCUUGUUGCCUACGGUGGCACACCCCAUGCAGAACAUCCAGCUGAUGCCUUCAGCUCCACCAAACAUUCUUGAAGGCUCAGCUGCCCUAGCGUCUCCCUCACGGCCGGAGGCUCUUGGCGCUGUGGGGCUGGGGUCUCCCUUUCCAAAUGCUUGUGGAGCUGAGCAGAUUGCACCCAGUCAGGAGACAGCAGCACCACCAGUUUCGCCAGCACAGAUCAACCCAGAGACAGUCCUCCAGGGCAGCCCUCAUGAGUCACCUGUCUGGAAGGCUGGACCAGAUCCAAGGGAUGAUGACUUCUAUGGGAAGAUGGAAACCAUGGGCUCGGGCCGACAAUCCAGAUCUGCAUCUCAGUCUUCAGCCCACAUGAGCUUUGGGCGGCGAUCUCGGACUACCUCAGAAUCCUCUGUGCAUUCUAUCGGACAAGAGAGACCAAAUUCCUUGGCACAGCAGCCUUCUCUGCCCCGUCUGCCAAUCCCUGAAGAAAAGCGAACAAAAAAAGAGUCAGCGCCGCAAAAGAGAGGUGGAACAUGGUUUGACUGGCUAAUGCGGAAAGGCAAGAAUGAAGCUCACCUCCCUGACGAUAAGAAUAAAUCAAUUGUUUGGGAUGAAAAGAAGCAGCGGUGGGUCAACUUGGAUGAACCAGAAGAAGAGAGCAAGCCACCGCCUCCACCUCCUACAGAAUUCCCUAAAGUUCCUCAGGCACCUUCCUCUGGUCAUGGAGGUCCUCCAAGUGGCCCUGUCAACAUAUUCUCCAGGAGAGCAGCAGGAAACAGAGGACGCUACGUCGAUGUCUUAAAUCCGAGUGGAGCCAAGCCAGCUGGGGCAGUUCCUGCUCCACCUGACCUUUUUGCUCCUUUGGCCCCCAUGCCUAUUCCAGCAAAUGUGUUUGUACCAAACCCUGCUCUGGAGGAGCAGCAGCCUUUGGAAGGCCAGGGGGCAGAAGAGCAGAUGGCAUCAGGGAACCAAACCGCACCUGAAAUAGGUGACGAACGUCCUUAUUUAAAUUCUGCUGUCCUGCCACCUGGCUCUGAGCUCUUUUCAUCCAAUACAGAUGGUUCUCAGUGUGGAGAGCUUUCGCGCUCUAGUUCAAUGAGUUCAUUAUCACGUGAAGUAAGCCAGCAUUUUAAUCAGCUGCCUUUAGAAGGAUCCUCAGCCGGAAUGGUCCAGUUCUACAACCCUGCUCAGUUUGCACAGACUGCUGCACUUUCGGGAAGCUCAAGACUGGGCGGCAGAACAGGACAAAGAAAAUACCCCGUUUUAAAAUAGUGUGCGGCAAAUGACUACUUCAUGCCUGGACGUUUGAACCAUGACUCAAGAUCCCAUGGCACACAGAAUUCAUUCUCAGUAGUGAGAGGAUGAUCAGUUUGUAUGGGCUGAUACUUAGAUAGAUUACCAAAUGUACGUGUUGUCCUGAAGCCAAUUAAAAUGCUCUUGGCGACUAGAGAGGGACAAACCAACAGGAAUGUAAGGACUGCACUCUGUUUCUUACAAGAAUGGAAGGUGCAGGGAUGUUCCCUCCCUUCAGGUCACAUGACUGGAAUUUGGAGACUGCUCUUCAGCGGUUCCUUAAGUAAUUUUGGAAAGUUUUUCCCAAUGUGUAGGAAAAACAUACACCCCCUUUUAACAGUGCAGUUUGUGGCCUUACAGGGACUGGGGCACAAUUUUUAUGCAGAUAAACCACCAUCUGAGUUUAUUACUUACCUGAAGCAUUAAGAUAUUUGGCUGAUUUUUUUCCCUUCACAUAUUGACCCCAUUUUCUCCCCUUUUCCCCUUGGAGGGAAUUGUAGCUCAUCCAAAUAAACAGAGACAUAAAAUGAAUGGAAACUACAAAACUGUGAUUUGUAAUCGAAGAGUUAAUUGGAAGUAGAUUUUCCUCACAUGUGUCUGUGUUUUGGCAUCUUGUUAAGCCAACUGUCUAGUCUGAAACAGCAGCUCUUUGUCAGUAGGCAUUGCUGUCCUUUUGGAUGAGUCUUCUUGAAGUGCAAUAUGGCUCCUUCUCCUGUUAAAACUUCAGAAAACUCAGCAGGAAGCAUUAACGGUUGGAGAGUUUUCUGUUUUGAAUUGUAGCAUAGGAGUCUGGUUUUCUACCCUUCUGUUUCAGUUAUCUUCUCUUCUCUUCCGUUAUCACAAAGACUGAGAUCUUAAUUAGCUAACAGGUACACCUUUAAGUGGCUUUAGAUUCAGUGAGCCUCUCAGGUGAUGGUCUUGGAAGUUUUUUCAGUUUUAGAUGGGAAAUUCCCCAAACCUUCACAUCUGCAUCAAAAGAACUUUUGCAGCCCAACAUGAGACUAAGGUUUGCUUUGGAAACCACUUCUCUCAAAUAUUAAUAAUGCUGAAGGAUAGAAUGUUAAUUAGGGUUUAUUUAUUGUGACCCUUUGUGCGUCAGUACCAUUUAUUUGGGAUCUAGAAAGCCUUAAGUACGUUAUGAAGGGACUGUGUUCAAAAGGAAUUAGUAACAACCCGCUGGUCCUGCCAGUGUGGCAGCACUUUGCCACCAAGCCCUUCUCAAAUGCACAUUUCCCCUCCUUUUUCUUUUUUCUGAUUUUUGUCUUUACUGUCCGUGUAGACAGCCAAAUAUCUUUCAGUCUAAAAACUUAUUUGGAGCAAAGAGCCACUGUCUUUCCUAAAUGUUAGAUUUGACAAUGUACAUUCUUAAAUAAAAUAUUUUGCGCUCUGGAGCACUUUUCACAUUUUA